AUGACCAUGACUACCAUGCCAGAGAGUCUAAAUAGCCCCGUCUCAGGGAAGGCUGUCUUUAUGGAGUUUGGGCCGCCCAGCCAGCAAAUGUCUCCUUCUCCCAUGUCCCACGGACACUAUUCCAUGCACUGUUUACACUCUGCGGGCCACUCUCAGCCUGACAGCUCGUACAGCACAGCUUCGUCCUUCUCCCGACCGCUGGGCUAUCCCUAUGUGAACUCGGUCAGCAGCCACUCGACCAACCCCUACAUCAGUUCAGUGCAGUCCUACCCCAACAGCUCCAGCCUGACUCAGACCCGGUUAGAGGAGACAGGGGCCGAAUCGGAGAAAAGCACUGUGGUAGAAGGAGGGGAAGUUCGCUUUAAUGGGAAAGGGAAAAAAAUCCGCAAACCCAGAACUAUUUACUCCAGUUUGCAGCUGCAGGCUUUGAACAGGAGGUUCCAGCAAACUCAGUACCUGGCUCUCCCAGAAAGAGCUGAGCUCGCAGCAUCUCUGGGACUCACUCAGACCCAGGUGAAGAUUUGGUUUCAGAACAAGCGCUCCAAAUUCAAGAAGCUGAUGAAGCAAGGAGGGGCCGCCCUGGAAAGCAGCGCCUUGACCAACGGCAGGGCUCUUUCAGGCAGCUCGCCGCCGGUGCCCCCGGUGUGGAAUACUACCUCCGCAUCCGGUAAGGCCUCGUCGGGGACCCCGGGCACCUACAUCCCCAGCUACACGUCGUGGUAUCCUUCGGCCCACCAAGAAGCAAUGCAGCAGCCGCAGCUUAUGUGA